GGAGGAGCCGCCGCCGCCACUGCCGCCGGCGCGGCGGAGCUGGGGCUGGUGGCGCUGUGGUGCCGCCGGCUCGGGGGAGGGUCAGAGCGGCCACCGGCGGCGGCGGCGGCGCGGCCCGGCUCCGGCCAGGCGGGCGGGUGGCCCGGCGGGCGCCCGCUCCCUGCCCCGGCCGGCCCGGCCCCGGCCGCCGCCCUCGGCUGUCAGCGGGCCGCGGCGCGCCGCCGCUGCUGCUCCCGGCGGGGCUGCGGCGCGGACCCCGGGUUUGUUUACGUCCCGAAGCGCCCGGGGGCCACCCGCGAGCCCCGCGGCCGCCCCGCUCUUUUGUGUGCCGGCGUGAGUGGCGCGGACCCGCCGCUCCGUACCCGGGGACCCCGGCGGCGGCGCUUCGGGGAAACUUGGCGAGGGGCGGCGGGGCUCCGGGCGCGCUGAGCCGGCGGGUCGCGGCGGCCGGGACCGCCGGGUGGGCGCGGGUGCGGAGGGGGAGGAGGGCUGCAACUUUCCCCGAGCGCAGGCCCCGCGCGGCGCGCCGGCUCCCGGGCUGGGGGCGCUUCCUCUCGGCCGCCGCUCUGGGCGGCCCUCGCCGCGCGCCCGGGGACUCCCGCGGCCCACAGCGACCCGCCGCGGGCUGCUCUCCGGCCCUCUGCCCGGGGAUCCCGUCCUCCCCGCGGGGUCCGCCGGUGCUAUGGAGCGCGCUGCAGGUCCGCUCCGGGGCGCCUUUUCGGGCCGGGUUGUCGAAAGCAGAGCCUCAGGGGCCCCGCUGGAUGGUGGCGUGCGGGACCCCGGUCCCCGGGCGCCGCGAGGGGCUGUCGCCGGCGCUUCCCAUCCGGCGCCCGAGCUGCGGCCGCGCUCGGGGGGUGCGUGCCUGCCUGCCACCCCCCACCCGGAGGAGCCGGGCGCCGGAGGGGUGCGCCCCGCACGUGCCAGCUCCGCGCCCGCGACGCCCGGACAGCCCCGGGACUCUGCCAGGUGGAUGUUGUGCGUCGCCGGAGACAAGUUGAAGAGAGAACUCGAUGCCACCGCAACAGUAUUGGCGAACCGUCAGGAUGAAAGCGAACAGUCCAGAAAGCGGCUUAUCGAGCAGAGCCGAGAGUUCAAGAAGAAUACUCCAGAGGAUUUGCGCAAGCAGGUAGCACCGCUGCUGAAGAGCUUCCAGGGGGAGAUUGAUGCACUGAGUAAAAGAAGCAAAGAGGCUGAGGCAGCCUUCUUGAAUGUCUACAAAAGAUUGAUCGACGUUCCAGAUCCCGUGCCAGCUCUGGACCUCGGGCAGCAGCUGCAGCUCAAGGUGCAGCGCCUGCACGACAUCGAGACCGAGAACCAGAAGCUUAGGGAGACGCUCGAGGAGUACGGCAAGGAGUUCGCCCAAGUCAGGAACCAAGAAGUUACGAUAAAAGCACUUAAAGAGAAAAUCCGAGAAUACGAACAGACCCUGAAGAGCCAAGCCGAGGCGAUUGCUCUCGAGAAGGAACACAAGUUGCAAAAUGAUUUUGCUGAGAAGGAGAGACAGCUGCAGGAGACACAGAUGUCGACCACCUCGAAGCUGGAGGAAGCAGAACACAAACUUCAGACUCUGCAAACAGCCCUGGAAAAAACUCGAACAGAAUUAUUUGACCUGAAAACCAAAUACGAUGAAGAAACUACUGCAAAGGCCGACGAGAUCGAAAUGAUCAUGACUGACCUCGAAAGAGCAAACCAGAGGGCAGAGGUGGCUCAGAGAGAGGCGGAGACCUUAAGGGAGCAGCUCUCGUCAGCCAACCACUCGCUCCAGCUGGCCUCCCAGAUCCAGAAGGCGCCGGAUGUGGAGCAGGCGAUAGAGGUGCUGACCCGCUCCAGCCUGGAAGUUGAGUUGGCCGCCAAAGAGAGGGAGAUUGCCCAGCUGGUGGAGGACGUGCAGAGGCUCCAGGCCAGCCUCACCAAGCUGCGCGAGAACUCCGCCAGCCAGAUCUCCCAACUCGAGCAGCAGCUGAGCGCCAAGAACAGCACGCUCAAGCAACUGGAAGAAAAACUCAAAGGCCAGGCCGACUAUGAGGAGGUGAAGAAAGAGCUGAACAUCCUGAAGUCCAUGGAGUUCACGCCGGCGGAGGGAGCUGGGACGCAGGACGCGGCCAAGCCCCUGGAGGUGCUACUGCUGGAGAAGAACCGCUCCCUGCAGUCUGAGAACGCGGCGCUGCGCAUCUCCAACAGCGACCUGAGCGGGUCAGCCAGGAGAAAAGGGAAAGACCAGCCUGAGAGUCGGCGCCCUGGACCCUUGCCGGCCUCCCCUCCUCCUCAGUUGCCCCGCAACACGGGGGAGCAGGCUUCCAAUACUAAUGGUACACACCAGUUCUCACCAGCGGGGUUAAGUCAAGACUUUUUCAGCUCAUCCCUGGCAAGCCCCAGCCUGCCCCUGGCUUCUACAGGAAAAUUUGCACUAAACUCUCUCCUCCAGCGACAGCUCAUGCAGUCCUUCUACUCCAAGGCCAUGCAGGAAGCAGGAAGCACAAGCAUGAUUUUUCCAACAGGUCCUUACAGCACAAACUCCAUAUCUUCCCAAAGUCCAUUACAACAAAGCCCAGACGUAAAUGGCAUGGCCCCGUCUCCCAGCCAGUCAGAAAGUGCUGGGAGCGCCUCCGAGGGCGAGGAGAUAGACACUGCAGAAAUCGCCCGACAGGUCAAAGAGCAGCUGAUCAAGCACAAUAUCGGACAGCGCAUUUUCGGACACUAUGUCUUGGGACUGUCUCAAGGGUCCGUGAGCGAGAUCCUGGCCCGGCCGAAGCCGUGGAAUAAGCUGACCGUCCGUGGCAAGGAGCCGUUCCACAAGAUGAAGCAGUUCCUCUCAGACGAGCAGAACAUCCUGGCACUUCGCAGCAUCCAAGGCAGACAGAGAGAGAAUCCAGGCCAGAGCCUGAACAGACUAUUUCAGGAAGUACCGAAACGAAGAAAUGGGUCUGAAGGUAACAUCACCACCCGGAUCCGAGCCUCCGACACUGGUUCCGAUGAAGCGAUCAAGUCCAUCCUGGAACAAGCCAAGAGGGAGCUUCAAGUGCAGAAAACUGCAGAGCCGGCCCAGCCGUCUUCCGCAUCCGGCAGCGGGAACUCCGACGACGCCAUCCGCUCCAUCCUACAGCAGGCCCGCCGAGAAAUGGAGGCCCAGCAGGCCGCCCUGGACCCCGCCUUAAAACCAGCACCGCUGUCCCAGCCUGACCUCACCCUCCUGACCCCCAAGCUCCUGUCGACUGCGCCCAGUUACUCUCCUCUGGCCAUCUCCCUGAAGAAGACGCCCACAGCCCCCGAGGCCAGCGCCUCGGCUCUGCCCAGUGCCCCGGUCCUCAGAAAGGAGGCCCAGGAGGUGCCAGGGAUGGACGCUCAGGGCGCAGCUGAGGCCACACAAGGGGUCCUGCGGCAGGCAAAGAGUGAGCUGGGCCGUGGCAGUGGGUGGAAGGACCACUGGUGGAGCCCUUUGCAGCCCGAGCGGAGGAGCGCCCCCUCCUCUGAAGAGACGAAAGCCGAAGAGGCCGCGGGCGGCAGAGAAAGGGCCAACAGUCAGCCCCGGGCCGAGCGUGGCCAGCUCCAGGGGCCCUCGUCCUCAUCGGAGUGCUGGAAAGAGUGGCCCAGCGCCGAGUCCCCGUACUCCCAGAGCUCGGAGCUGAGCGUCGCUGGAGCCAGCCGCAGCGAGACUCCCCAGAACAGCCCUCUGCCUUCCUCCCCAAUCGUGCCCAUGGCAAAGCCCGCCAAGCCCUCGGUCCCUCCGCUGACUCCUGAGCAGUACGAGGUCUACAUGUACCAGGAAGUGGACACCAUCGAGCUCACCCGGCAGGUCAAAGAGAAGCUAGCCAAGAACGGCAUCUGCCAGAGGAUCUUCGGGGAGAAGGUCCUGGGCCUGUCCCAGGGCAGCGUGAGCGACAUGCUGUCUCGGCCGAAGCCGUGGAGCAAGCUGACCCAGAAGGGCCGGGAACCCUUCAUCCGGAUGCAGCUGUGGCUGAACGGCGAGCUGGGCCAGGGUGUGCUGCCGGUGCAGGGCCAGCAGCAAGGGCCAGUCAUGCCCUCGGUGACGUCGCUGCAGGACCCCCUACAGCAGGGCUGCGUGAGCUCAGAAAGCACUCCAAAGACCUCCGCCAGCUGUAGCCCUGCCCCCGAGUCUCCAAUGAGUUCCAGCGAGUCCGUGAAGAGUCUGACUGAGCUGGUCCAGCAGCCCUGUCCACCCAUUGAGACCAGUAAAGAUGGCAAACCACCAGAACCCAGUGACCCGCCAGCUCCAGACUCCCAGCCUGCAACCCCCCUGCCUCUCUCCGGACACUCGGCCCUCAGCAUUCAAGAAUUAGUAGCCAUGUCUCCAGAGCUGGACACCUACGGCAUCACCAAGAGGGUCAAGGAGGUGCUGACGGACAACAACCUCGGUCAGCGCUUGUUUGGGGAGACCAUCCUGGGGCUCACUCAAGGCUCCGUCUCUGACCUCCUUGCCCGCCCAAAGCCCUGGCACAAGCUCAGUCUGAAGGGACGGGAGCCCUUUGUCCGGAUGCAGCUGUGGCUAAAUGACCCCAACAACGUGGAGAAGCUGAUGGACAUGAAGCGGAUGGAGAAGAAAGCCUACAUGAAGCGAAGGCACAGCUCCGUCAGCGACAGCCAGCCCUGCGAGCCCCCUUCAGUGGGCAUCGACUACAGCCAGGGCGCCAGCCCGCAGCCGCAGCACCAGCUGAAGAAGCCCCGCGUGGUGCUGGCUCCUGAAGAGAAGGAAGCUCUGAAGCGAGCCUACCAGCAGAAGCCAUACCCGUCACCAAAAACCAUCGAGGAGCUCGCCACCCAGCUCAACCUGAAGACCAGCACCGUCAUCAACUGGUUCCACAACUACAGGUCUCGGAUCCGCAGAGAACUGUUCAUCGAGGAGAUUCAGGCUGGGAGCCAGGGCCAGGCGGGCGCCAGCGACUCGCCAUCGGCCCGGAGCGGCCGCGCCGCGCCCAGCUCGGAGGGCGACAGCUGCGACGGCGUGGAGGCCGCCGACGCCGAGGAGCCGGGCGGCCCUGCGGCCGCCGCCAAGUCUCAGGGAGGGCCGGCCGAGGCCGCCGCGGCCAGGGCGCCGCGGGAGGAGGCACCGCGGCCGGCAGAGCGGGUGGAGCGGGCGGAGCCGCCGCCCCCGGGAACCCCGGGCCCAGAGGACGCCGACGACGCGGGCCGGCCCCAGCCGCCCGACGGCCCCGAUGGCCCCGACGGCCCGGCGCCCGUGCCAAACCCCGCCGCGCCAGCGGCGGGGGAGGACGCCGCUACCUCAGCCGCCGCGCCCGCAGAGGGCCCCGGCGCGGCCCGGGACGGCGCCGAGCGGAGUUGCGCCUUGCCAAGCACCAGCGCGCCCGCGGCCGCACGCAGGCCCAGCUCGCUGCAGAGCCUCUUUGGCCUGCCUGAGGCGGCGGGCGCCCGGGACUCGCGGGACAACCCCCUGCGCAAGAAGAAGGCCGCCAACUUGAACAGCAUAAUCCACCGCCUGGAGAAGGCCGCCAGCCGGGAGGAGCCCAUCGAAUGGGAGUUCUGAGGGCGCCCCGCCGGCCUCGCCCGGCCGCGGCCGCGAGCGCCUGCCCAGCCCAGCCGGGCCAGUCCGCGUGGGCGCGCGCCGCAGGACCGCGUUGCGCACUUACCGCCCUGCGGGCCACAGGGCAAAAUCGCCAUAGGCCAAGGUGCAUAUAGAAAACAAAGGAGCAUUAAGCCCAAUCUAUGUCGUGUUUUCAAGGAAGAAAACGGAAAUGUGUAGUCGAGCUUUUUUGUACCCUGAAGUGUUUUUUUUAUUGCCCUAAGUGAUUUCCACAGGUUCUGGAAUAACUCUUACAGCUUUGCCUUGCGCCCUCCUCUUUCGUGUGGGCUUAAAAAAAAAAAAAAUCAAACCCACAUAUUAAAAGGGGGCUUUUUAUCUGCCAUCUGAUGGCUUCAGAGCGAUAAUACACUAUUAUCUUCUUAAACCAGGAAAAGGGGGGGGGAUUUUUCAGAAAAAUUAAAAAAGAAAGUUUUUGUAGCUGUUCAGUUGCCACUAAGAGAUUGCACAGUCAAACCGACUCUAAACACACUAGUUUGGAUUCCUAAAUAUUUUCAAGAAAAGAAUCUUCUUGUUUGAAACUUUGACUUAAAAUAAAACACAUUUACUCCACAUAUUUUUUAACAAAAAGAAAAGUCACAUCAGGAAAAUAUCUGAUUUUGUGGUAGCUGACCGUAGUGUUUUCUUGUACGUGAAUAGAAUCCUGACAUGUAGUGCACAUUGAUCCAUAGCUUUAACUGACCCUGGGCUUUUGCCGACCAGGGUUUGUUUAAUACACUCCAUUCUAGGCCAAAUCAGGACAAAAAGAAAAGAUCCGAAUCUAGGUAUUUUAUAAUCUGCUUUUUAACCUCUAACCGCAGAGCACGCUGAUCAGACCUCAUAUCUGGGAGGUUUAGGAGACAAGUUAGAACUGUAGCAUGUACCCAUUCAUUUUGUUUAAUUUAUGGUGUCCUCGUCUGUGUUCGUGCGUCCGCCCAUGUACGCGCAUUGAGGGAAAGGGAAGAGAGGGCCGGCAGGGUGGCGGCAGGCAGUCCUGGGGCCAGGCUGGCCCCGGCGCGCAUGCAGCGACCUGCACGCGUGCGCCUCACCUCACACCACUCUCCUGGCCCGCUGGACCGAGCCCCCCGGCGGAAGAUGCUCCCUGGGCCUGGGCCGAGCUGGUGCGCAUGCACGCUGUCUCUUUCCCCUCCUUCCCACCACAAGCACUGAUGACCCCAUGGAACUCAUGGGAAGCGAGCGUCCUUCCCUGCAGAAGAGAACGUGGCAGUCUGGGCUGCGCUCCCACCCCUGUAGAGAAGCCCAAACUCGCACACAGCGUUGAUGCUCUUCACUUCCAGACCAGACCAUCGGCCCUUCAUCCAUUUCGCCUCUUGGAAGGUUCUUUUAUGCACAGUUUAGGGCAGUCUAAGUACAAAUCAAGAGUCUAACUUGUCUCGGAUUCCUCCUGUUGUCUAUGUGUAUAUGCGUGAGAAUAGAGGUGGAUGAGAGUGUGCGUGCGUGCGUGUGUGCAAUUUUAUACGUCUGUGUAUUUUCUUAAGUACCUGUGCACACAUAGAGUGCAUUACUGCCACCUUUUUCAAUAAGCUGUUUAUCAGUUAUGGCUUCUACAAGUUUGCUAAUUUAGACUCCUUUAUUGCCAUAUCUUUAAACUAACAAUAGAUGAUUUCGGUAUAUAUAUAUAUUUUUUUUUGCUUAUUUAUAGGUGCUGUAUUUUAUUAUCUGAUUGUUAGGAUGAAAGGGGCAAAUAUUCUUUAGAGGGAUAGACUGCCGGCAGUAUUGGGUAUAAUUUACAAGAUGUAGUUGUCAUACUGUAUAUUACUGAUUGAAACUUUUUGACCGUAUUGUGUAUCAUUGAAACCUUUGUCUUAGGUCAACAUCUUUGGAUGACAUUUUAAUGGUGCAUUCAUUACUUCUUAAGUUUAAUUAAUAUUACUUUUUUGAUUUGGGGGGGUGGGAGGGAGUUCUAAUUUUAAAGGUAUGCUCCCGCUAUUACACCUCAGUGUGCUUGUUAUUACUUAACGUGUAGGACUUUGUGAGAUGUGAAACCACAUUUCUUGCAUGAUGUUUUAGAGAUUAUGUAUUUCAUUUACAGUCUUUUAACCUGCAACUGCAGCACUUAGCUCAAGUUUUCACAAAUUUAAGAGUCACUACACUAAAGACAAUGCCUUUUCAUGAAUAAGAAGUUUUCAGAAGGCUCUAGGAGGCUGGGAGGCAGGCCCUUUGUUUGUCUUUGGAUGGUUGCGUCAUUUCUGAACUCGAAAUCUGGUUCAGUGAGAAGAGAAUUCACAAUGGAGGAGCUUAAGGGGAAUGAUUGACAUCGGCUCAAUGCAGGUGUGUCGAGAAGAGUGUGUUCACCCCAGGGACCCUGAGGACUGUGAGAAGCAAGCAGAGCAGCUGAUGGUACCGUGGUGUCCCCUCCACAAGAACCUCAGGGGAACGUUGUCAUGUGUGAUAAAUCUCUGGAUAUCCACUUUGCUCUAGAAGGAAAAGCAGGGAGUGGGCGGAGCCGAUGGGCUAGUGCUUCAGUUUUAAAGGCAUGACUGUUAUUUACCAGGUGUUAAAUCGAGGAAAUUGGAAAGUCUAGAUCUGUCCAUCCUGGCGGCCCGAUGGUAACGGCCUAUGACAGCCACUUGGGCUCUUCCGAGCAAUUCAGUCAUUUUGGGGUUUGUCGCUUUCGUUUGUGCUGGGUUCCUGUUGACUUCCAUCCCGUCUUUUCUGCCAGACUUAAAUCUGGGUGCUCAAUACAAUCAGCUGGUUAGUUGGAUUUUGCUUGCAGUUCUGUGUUAGUAUUUUUUCUCUAUUAUUUAUUUUUUUUUAAUUGAGAUCCCAACCUUCUGAUCUUUUGUGUUAAGUUAGCUGUCUGUAACGCUUCUAAGAGCUGCCGCUAAAUAACAGAUACCUGUGGAGUGGGGCACAGCCCCGGCCAGCCCCUCUGUUGAGUCUAAGGUUCAUCUUUCAUCUUGAUAAGCAAUAUUCAAGUGCCUUGAACAGCGCCCCUCCGUGCGGUGACCUUCUGGCAGCCGGUGACCCAAACAGUGGCUCCCACGGGCAGCCGACUCUCCUCCUGUUUAUGCUCUCUCAGCUUGGAAAGCUGAUCUGUACCUCUCCCUGGGGAAACGGUUUCAUAUAAAACACUAACACUUAAUUACAAGCUCCAUUAUUACCAUUUUAAAUGGCUUCUUUUUGUUAAUUGGAGGCAGCAUUCAGAACUUCAGUUUCCCGCCAUUACUCAGCUGGCUAAGCAGAGGCCGGGCCUAAAAGUAGUGUUGGCAUCUGGCCUCUUGACCCUUGCUUCCCGCCCAAGUCCCCUUAACGGUAUCCAAAGUGGCAGGCACCUUCCAGACUGGUGCCCCCCUCGCCUCCACCCCAGCCUUCUGGAUCAGUCAGGAGGUCUGGCUUCUGUCCUCAGACCUUGAGGAAGAGAGCUGGACUUGCUUAUUCUAACCAACCUGCCUGAGGCACAUGACAUCCUGUGGCCUCUGAUGGUUGUGGCCCUGGGGUGCAGGCUGGGAAGAGACCUCCGGGAAGUGCCAAGGCACCUGUCAAACUGCACCACUCCUAAAGUAAUGGAGGGAAAGAGGACGGCGCUCUGCCUCCCUGGGACAGCUCCUUACCCCCAAAGCACAAAGGCCUCCCUGUCCAGCUUCCUUCCGGUCAUCUUCUCUCUUUCCUCCCCAUUUAAAAAACACCUGUCUGACAUGGAUGGUCAGGUAUGGUUGGUGGUCCACACCCAGGGUUCAUCAGAGCCUCUGUCCUCUCAUUGUGGCCAAGAGAGUCCCCCACCCCUCGCCACCCCCAGACCCACAUGGGCAGCUCUCAGACCCAUCUGCCAUCUUGGCCAGGGCCAGGGUCAGUCGUGCAGCAGACCAGGCAGGAGGCAGCUUGGGGCGGGGGUCCUGGGUGAUGGCCAGCCACCCUGAGAUCACACAGAGGCGAUGCCCUCGAGGGUGGGCCAGGACCACCAAGCAGGCGCCUCCCCCUGCAUUCUGCCCUUCCUCCUCUGUUCCCUCCAUUCCAUCCUCUCUACCGGGUGAUCGUGAACUUGGGGCAUUCUAUGCAAUGUUUCUCAUUCCCCUCAUCUUAGAAAACCAAAUCCCACUGGAAAGUGGCAGAGGAACCCAGGGGACACGGAGGUCCCUUCUUAGCACAAAGUGAAAUGGAGCUGGUUGCCGACGAGAUCGUGAGCCUUUGCCUUAACUGCGCUGUGACAGGCACUGAUAGGUGGUCCUGAUGCCCGCAAGCCCACUGGGCAGGGGCAGCAGAGUGACCGGGGCCAGGAGGUGGUUGGCUCUUUGAAGUUGCCUCUGUCCCCAGCUGGAUGUCCCUCAUCUUCACACUCCUCCCUUGUCCCCUUCUACCUCACUGACCUGUGCUCUCCACCUGACGUCACUCCUCAGAACGGCGAGGCCAGCGGGCUGGGACGUGGGCAGCGUGAGCGUCGUGCCUGGUGGCCAGGCCUGUGGCCUCUCCUUUUGAGAGGACGUCAGGGAUGGGUGGGUGGGUGGGUGUCCCUGCAGGGCACGUGGCUUUUCUCGUGGUUUUCACCUGCUCUGCAGCUGCAGCAGCUGCUGCUUCUGCAGGCAGGGCUGGUUCAGGCCUCAGGACCUUGGCUUUGGUCUGCCUUUGCUUCCUGUGCAUCCCUGUAGCACUAUAAAGUCUGUCACAGCCGUCCCCCCACCCCUGCUGCUCAGGUGGCCAUGUGAGCAGCUCCCCAGGACUCCAUGGCCGUCCGUGUCUCUCUUGUCUCACGACCUUGGCUUCACUGCGAGCUCUCCUUGGCGAACAUCAGACAUCUCGAGGGCAGGAAGGGAUACCUGGCUUUCUCCAACCUGUGGGGCUGCCUCCCCCCCCAAAGACUGUGCCAGUCUCUGUUCAGGGCAGAAGAAAACCAGCCCCCAGGGCAGCUGGUCACAUGUGGGUCCACCCGCUCUGGCGACUCCGAUGGCCAAGACGUUCUCCAGAUAGAAGUGGAAGCCAGGGCUUGUGUGCCUACUGUGUGCCUAGUGGCUUACCAGGAGAAAGUGCUGCCACCACUUCCGUUUCACCAAGCCCCUGGUGACACUGGGGCAAGGUGGCAGCCUGACGUUCUAAGGCAUGCCGGUCUGGCCAGCGUACUUCAGACCCAGAGAAUGGCCCCAUCGUAUUUCCAUUCCCAUCAGUUUUACCUUUUUGAUAGGCAAAAUCUAUCAGGAAAGUAAGUCCCCAAGUAAAGUUCCAGAAAGAUCCAGAACCCUUUAGGGCCCUUAGGGUCAGUCCUGGUGGGAGAAGCGAGCAGACACAGAAUGAGCCCUGGCCACAGAAGCCUGAUGGCCCGAGCACCUGACCAGGGCAGUAGGACGGACCACCCCGUCCCGCCCAGGCCCUGCCUCUGCCACCUCCCCUCCAAAGAUCUCGCGUCCACACUGUCGGUGGCAUCUCAAGUUUUCAUUUUUGGAUGAAGUGACAUUUAGCUUUAACGAGACAUUUCCAAGGCGCCUAGUCUCCUCCGAAAUGCUAACUUUAAAAGUUGGGCAUCGUAGGCGAAGAAUCCUGGGAACAGGCUAGCAGAGGGCGCCAGGCGGCUGUGCGGAAGCUGCCCGCCCGCCACUCGGCGCGGAUGCCUUUGAGUUGCUCUUCACAGAGACUUUAGUUCAUGCAUAAUGUUGAGACUGUAGUUGGUGUUACUGUAAUUUCUGUAGUGUUUGGGCUUUAAUUUCUACCACAAAAUAUGCUAUAUGCUAUGUAUCAAGCUUUCUGUGAUCAGAAAGGAAAGGUGCCUUAAAUCCCAAUGUCACGGCUCUAUCCCUAAGGAGAAAACCAGAAGCACAGAGUGCGGAAGCGCUGGGACUUCCGCUGGCUAAACAAGACACCCUUCGGCAAGACUGCAUCCAAGUGGCCCGGGGCUGCUUUUAUUUUGUAAUUCCUUUCCCCCUCUUUUCUUCUUUUGUUGUUGUUUGGUAGUUUGCUUUAAACAGAAAGCACUUAAAUAGAGGACUAUGUAUAAGCUCGUGCAAUAGAAAUCAUGUUGCUUCAUUGUUAAAAGCGUAUUGCACACCAAAUGAACUCAAAAGUAAGCUUUAGACCAGGUCGAUCCCGGUUGCGGAUGAGUAUGUUCACUGUAGUUCUGUGUCUUCAUGAACCAAGGGGAGACAGGCGCCGGCCUGGCCGUGGCAGGGUGGGGGGCGCCCGGGAGCGGCAGCUGAGAACCUUCCCGAGGGUCUGAGACCACAGCGGUCCCCCCAGCACUCCCCUUGUCUUGUUGAGAUGGCCUGACUGCUACUGACCUGCCAGCGUGCGCGAGGAUAGUUAUCAAAGGAUAUGUCCUUGAGAAAAAAAUUAUUUCUACCUAUCCUCUUCUAUUUAUUAUUAGGUUAAUCAUUUGAGUAAUUAUCAGGAGUGUGUUGUUGUCUUGUGUUGUUGUCGUUGUUACGAGUGCUUUUUGCUGUCACUCCAGUGGUUACUGUCCUCUGCUGCCCCCUGCCCCCAGGGAACCCAAGAGCCUGAGGGUGCAGAGGGGGUUUUGCCAGCAGAAUCACACAGCUGUCUCCUGAGUAGCCACUCAAAAACUGGUCUUAACUGUCUACACGAGAGUGGAACAAAAAGCCGCCAAUGCAGGGAAGUGCCGAGCCAGGGCGCUCGCGGGAGGAGCUGCAGAGGAAACUUAGGAAAGCCAAGUUCAGUUCCCCAAAGCCUCCUAGAGCCUCUGUUAAGACUUCUGGGUUCAUGAAGGUUCCACGAGCCCUGGCCAGAGAGGGCGCAGGCCUGGCCUAGACCGUCGCCUCCAGCAAGAGAGUGGUCUCCUGCCAGGCCGCCGGUUUUCUGUCGCCAUCUGUCCUUGCACACAGAGUUGAUCCAGACCAUCUCGCGGAGCAGGGGGUGUGCUUUAGCACCAGCGGUGGCUGGAGGGCCACCUAGGGGGACCUGGGGAUCUCCUGCCCAGUGUGGCGAUGUGGAGGACAGUCUGGCGUGAGGGCAAGGGCUCUGUGACCAGAAGCCUAGCUGGCAAGACACCAGCUGCUGCCCGCCCCAGCAGGGAUGGACAGCUGCCUGUGCCCCAGAGCGUUUCCUUCUGUGCCACGACGCUGCCCCUUCUCUGUGACUGUCAGGGGUCCUGAUUUUGUUCCUAUGUCUUUAAAUAAAGGCCCUCAAUGAAAUGAUUGCCCCGUCCCCCGAAAGGGUCUUCAUUUUUCUCUAAUUAGUCUAUGCAUUUCUGCCUCUCUCUCUCUCUCCCUCUCUCUCUCUCUCUCUCUCUCUCUCUCUCUCUCUCUUUCACCAUUUUCUGCCUGUUCCCUUGUUCCCCCCCCUGAAGCCCCUCAGAAAAUGCUGUGCAUUUUGGAGACGUGAGAAUUCCUUCAAAAUUCUUAAAGCGUUUGAGAAUAGCUCAUUAUAAACUAAGGUGGGGAGGGGAAAAAAGUAAAAGACGGUCCUCCCUGCGGCCCUUCCCGCGGAGUAAGAGACCUGGCUCCUUGCUUUGUGCAAUAACUACUUGCGGUGAGAGCGGGUAGCGCCGGCCACACUCCUGUCCUGACUACUGGCACGCGCUCGCGGUGGUGGCCCCGGCCCCCUGCAUCGUGGCGUCUUACAUUUUAGCAGUAUUUUAUAUUUUCUGUAACGCACUAAGUCUUAGAUGUUUCUAGAGCUCGUCUGUUAACGCUCACGAUCACAGAUUUAUUUUCCUUAAUCCUCACAAAGACCCAAUUGACCAAAAAGAAGAGAAAACAAAACAAAAAAAAAAAAAGGCGUCAUUUUUGUACAAAUAGCUUUGAGAA